UUCUUUGGUGGGGCGGUAACAAAAACAAAGUUUGAGGUUACAACUGCUUGCAUCAGAGUGGAAUUUGUUAUAAAACAUUGAAAAUCAUGGCGUUUUACAAUGAUAAACACUGGUUGCUAUCACACAUAAGAAACUCCUUCAUUUCUACAGAUGAUACCGGCAUGUGUGAAAUUGUAAUGGAAGGCCAAAAUCUCCCUAAAAACCUAGUAGAUCAACUCAAUAUUUACCCAGAUAGUGAAGACAGUCAAGAUGAUGAAGAUUUCAAUCAGAACGACUCAAUAGAAAUACCUCCUGAUUUAGAUUUACCUGUUCGCAUCAGAUCUGACACUGCUGUGCGACUAGAAAGAAUGGAUCAAGCGAAAAAGAGAGCUGCCAAGACAAAACACAUCAAAUGGGAGAGUAAUUUACCCAAUGAUUUAUCACUGGUGAAAAAAGAAGUGUUAACACCUAUUGAGACUAAUGUAAAAUCACUUUUAUCUGAACAAAUUGUAAACUAUCCGAAUGUACCAAAGAAUCCAUACAUAGAGUAUGCUAAAUUCGAUGGGAAUGCACAAGUUGGCAUACCUGUAAGGAGGUAUCGUAUAUUCCUCACCAUGCUUCCAGAGGAGCAGAGGAAUUAUCCAAUGACGAUUGUCUGCAUUGCCACAGCAAAAAUCCAUGAGUUAAUUGGAUUGAUUUGCUUUAAAUGCAGCACAGUUCAUGGUGAUUUCCAACUUAAACCAAGUGAAAACUAUGGUUUAUACAUAAUGGAAGAAGAUGGCGAGAUAGAACGAGAUUUAGGAGCUUUAGAUAGGAAAGAAUGCGUUGUAAAGUUUGGUUUUACUUGUCUUGGACUUGUUGAGGAAACAAAAAGUGAUUUGGAUAAAAAUCUCGCUAGUCCUACAGAAGAAACAGCUAAUAAUUCAUUGAGUAAACCACAGAGCUCAACAACAAACGCUCAAGAUGCAAACCGUCAACAAAUCGAACUGGAAAUCCUCGAAAACCACAAGACAGCAAUGGAGGCACCGCUUUACAAGACAUACAAAGUCCACGUGAUUAAUCGGGUACGUGCAAAGGUAGAAAUUCAACUGGGAAUAGUCGCGGACAAGAUCGAAAUUGAUCCGGUGCGUCAAAAAUCCGCAAAGUUUAUUUUCAAUCGACAUCGACCUGUCAGUCAUCCAAUGGAGUCAAUAGCAUCGUGUGAGAUCACAGACACAAAAAGUAGUAAGUCUGUAUUUAGGAUCAUAUAUAAUCCAGGUUUUAGUUUUGAUAAAGAAACGCCUUCAUCGUCGGUUAACACACCGAUGAUUUUUAAACAUUACGAUUUUGAAACGGAUCAUGCUACGGCUGAAUCAAUCGUUCAAAAAGUUAACAUGAUUCUAACUUUGAGGUCAUCAGCGAGUAGAAAGGAGUAUUUAGAGAUGAUGGCGAAAGAAAGACGGUAUCAAAAUAUCUUCAAACGGUAUAAAUUUGAGUUAAAGUGAGGUUAAUGUAUUCACAUAACCUAAAAAACAGGAUUUGAUGGUUUUAUAUUAAUUUUACUUAAGGUUAUGUUUAUGAAUGAGUCAAAGCGCUUGUAAAAACUAUCGAUAAAUACAUUUUACAUUAAUAUUAACGCUAAAUAUAAACUAAACAAGUUAAA